UGCAAUCCCAUCCCUGCAGCCAGAACGCUACAAAGUCCGUUUUGCAGUCGUCAUCAUCCGCGUUGACAGCUGACAACUCACGGGCAUCAGCAGCAAAAAGAAAACGAAUUCGCGAUUUUGGCCAAAAAAUUCGAUCUUGCAGUGCCAAUCUAGAAGCAGUAUAGAAAUCCAGUGAUGGCCGGAUACAGUGAAGAACAGUUCUGGGCAAACCAAAACAACCAAUCGACAGCCUACGAUGGAUUUGGAGAUCAGUCACAGAAUUUUGAAUUUCAGUCAUUCGAUCAAAAUGCCAGCUUCUUCCCGCCGACCGCCUAUCCUUCGCCACAGCAGCAGCAGGGUUACGGCCAGCCGUCGAUUUUCACCCCAGAGAUGCCUUCGCCUGGGAUGUCCCAAGGCUUCGGUGUCCCUGGUGACAUUCCCGGCGGGGCCGGCGUAGAACCUAGUGAAUUUGACGAACCGCCACUGCUGGAUGAGCUGGAAAUCUAUCCACAACGCAUCAUGGAUAAGUCGUUGGCGGUGCUGAAUCCGUUUCACAAGCAAGGUCUAGUAGACAAUCCGGAGUACUUUUUCAAGGAAACAGACCUGGCGGGACCGAUUGCAUUUUGUUUGACGCUGGCCGCUUGCCUGUUUGUAUCGGGAAGCAAAGCCCAGUUCGGCUACAUCUACGGAUUGUGCAUCAUCUCCGUUGUGGUCAUGUACGUCCUAAUCACGCUGAUGUGCAAUUCGACGGAAAAUUACGUCACGAUAUCCGCUGUGGCCAGCAUCCUGGGGUACAGUAUUUUGCCCAUCGUUUGGCUGUCUAUCCUGGGAGUCUUCUUUGCGUUGAAUUCGUCGUUCGGGAUUGUGCUGGCGGCUUGUGCCAUCUUUCUAUCGACCAUGAGCUGCAGUCGCAUUUUCUGCAUCAUGACCGGCGAUCCUCACCAGCGCUACCUGAUCGCUUAUCCGUGCGCUCUAGUUUACAUUAUCUUUACGCUUUUAGUACUCUUCUGAGGUGGCAAUUGUACGUAUAUUGCUUUUUGUCUUAACCCCAGUAAAAUGAUCUAAUAAAACAAUCAUAAUUACUAUUUUUUGCAA